AAGUUAGAAGGGAAGAGAAAGGGUGGAUUCUGCAAGCGAAGGACUCAAAAUCCUUAUAAAAGGAUUUGAGAUGAACUUAAUUACUAUAGUAACAACUCACAAAGCAUUCUCAUGGCUACUUGCGUUUCCGUAUUCAUUCUCUUCUUCUUCUUCUUCUCAACCUUCUAUUCUACCAUUGAUGCUAUUUUCAGUGAGGAGCUUGCUCAAGGCAUAGCAAUAAAACGCAUAGAGAAAACAACUCACCUGCACUUCUACUUCCACGACAUUGUAAGUGGGAAAAACCCAAGUGCUGUUAAAAUUGCUGGACCCCCGAACAGCACUGCUUAUUCCUUUGGAGCCACUGCAAUGUUCGAUGAUGCAUUGACUGAAGGGCCUGAAAGCACUUCCAAGCUGGUUGGAAAAGCGCAAGGGAUGUAUGGUAUUGCCGCCCAACAAGAACUGUCUCUGCUGAUGGUUAUUAACUUUGCAUUUACUGAAGGUGCUUAUAAUGGUAGCAGCAUCAGUAUUGUUGGGAGGAAUCCUGUUCUCAAUGAUAUGAGGGAAAUGCCGGUUGUUGGAGGAAGUGGGGUGUUUAGAUCUGCUCGGGGCUAUGCAUUGGCACAUACAGUUCGGUUUGAUAUGAAGACAGGAGAUGCCACAGUCGAGUACAAUGUUUAUGUAUCACAUUAUUGACUCCAUGCAUGUGUUAUGUUCACUGUCUUUUCUUUUUCAUGCUCUGUUCUUACAUCCUGUGAAACAUGCCUUAGCUUGAAAGAAACGUAUUAGCUAUCUUUCGCUUGAAAGCAAAGUAUUAGCUAUCUUCUGCUGCUCAGGAACAAUGCAUGCAACCAAAAUACAACUGAGCACAUUAC